AUGGGCAGCCAGGGGAAAGCAUCAGCCUCUGGCUGGACCAGAGCAGGGCAGAGCUCUGUGCUCCAUCAGCUGCCCCAUUUCCAGUUCAAGGAGAUAAUGAAGAGGCGCAAACGCCAGUUCCCUGGCCCUGGUACCUAUGGCCCCCAGGGGAACCCCUACACCCCCCUCGAGGAGAGGGACAAGUGCUCCGCCAGCACGCGAGGGCUGAUGGACAGCGGGACGGCGAGGUGCACCAUGCUGGCAGCUGGGAAGAGAGGCACCGAGGUGAGCACAAGCGCUGUGAAGGGUUUUGUGGAUGAGCUGAUGUUGAAGGAGAACAAGAAGAAAGGCUGCUUCAGCACCCUGCCGAGGAACCCAGGCUGCCCCACAGAGAGGAUCUUCUGGGCCACGCUCAGCCAGUGCCCGAGGGAUGCGUAUGCGGUGGGGCCGGGCUCAUACAACCCAAAGCCCAUCAAGAGAUCAGAGUACUCCAACCAACCCGCAUUCUGGUUGUCUGCCAAGAGAUUCGACAGAAAGACCUACCGCCUCUUUACAGGGAAUGAGCAGCAUCAGCAGCACGUUGCAGAGCCAGUGCAGAACCCUGUAGGUGUUGGUCGCUACGACAUCACCAAGCAUGAAAAAUACCCUCCGAAGAUGAGAUACCAGUCCCUGUACCUGUGUGAUGCGCAGCGGUACCUGAGUAACCUGAAGCGGGAUGCCUACCUGCU